ACUGCCACUGGUACUUACUAUGAAACUGAAGCUAUGGAAUGUCAAGAACUAGCUGGAGACGCUUCAUGACCAGUGCACCCAGGCUGCACCCAGUGCGAGAAGGGACUUGUGCUGGAUCCAAAUACAUUGUUGUGUGGCGUGACAGGCGACAGAAACUGCCCACACAGGACCUACCUGCACGACGACCAGUUCACCUGCAUGGGUUGCCACCGGCACUGUUACUCUUGUGAGGGGCCGGGCAACGAUCAAUGCCAGACCUGUGCCGUCCCCAAAUACCUUCAUAAUGGCACCUGUUUGACUGAGUGCCUAGCAGGUACAUACAACACAAGGCAGGAGGCUGACGGAACAGAGCUGGGAUUCUGUUCGCCCUGUGACCAUGCCUGUUCCACCUGUACCGCAACAUCGCCAAGAUAUUGCCUCACUUGUUCUCCAGGAUACCUCCUUCAACUCUGUGUCAUGCAUUGUACCACAGGGUAUUACAGAGAGGGCCCCUACUGUGAGAAAUGUGACCAGGAGCAGGGCCUGAGUCCUGGAGGACCUGUCCAUCUCCUCUCCUGGAGCUGCAAGGCACUAAGCUUCUACCAGUUCAGUGACGUCUGCAAACAGUGCCACACCAGUUGUCAGAGCUGCACAGAUUCCUUGCCUCAGGCCUGUAUGACAUGCGACUGGGGCAGCACUGUAAAGGACAAAUUCUGCUAUCCACGUUGUGAGGAGGGCCGAUACUACUCAGAAUAGGUGCGCUCUUGGCUACGAGCUGCAUUUCAACUGCAUUCCAACACGGACCAGGGACACCUGUGAGGCAUGUGACACCUCGUGUAGGCAUUGCACUGGACCCAGACCCAGCCAGUGUCUAACUUGUCACCGGGAUUCUGAAGGGAAUGACACUAAUUGCUGUGUUAGU